AUGUACAGACAAGUUCUUGUCCAUCCUGAGGAUACACCACUGCAAAGAAUUCUCUGGCGGUUCUCGAGGCAGGUUCCAGUCCAGACCUACGAGUUGCUCACCGUUACUUACGGGAUAGCUCCCUCUUCCUUCCUCGCAACUCGCACACUGAAACAGCUAGCGGCUGACGAAGGUACAUCCUAUCCUCUCGGACGGCCGGCUCUCGAAAAAGGUUUUUAUGUAGACGACUUCAUUGGAGGAGCACACUCGGUUGAGGAAGCUAUUCGUUUGAGGACCGAAUUAUCCGAAUUAUUAGCGAAGGGAGGUCUAGAAUUGCGGAAGUGGACUUCGAACCAUCUCGAAGUGCUUCACGGUUUGCACGACGACCAGAUCGGGACACAAUCCUCUCUGCAGUUUGGUCCCAACGAAACUGUGAAAACGCUGGGAAUUGGUUGGGAACCAGAGGCUGGUUUCCUCCGCUUUGAUUCUCUGAUCGAGCCUAACAGUGACCCUUGGACCAAGCGCUCGAUCUUGUCUACAAUAGCGAGGCUUUUCGAUCCGAUGGGAUUAAUUGCUCCGGUGCGUUGUCACAGCGAAAAUCAUCAUGCAACAACUCUGGGUGCUUCCGUGCGGAUGGGACGAUCCAACCUACCGAAAGUGUCUGCUUUUCGCGUUCAACGCUACGCUUUUCUACCCAGAGCUAAGGUGCAGCUGCACACAUUCACAGAUGCCUCCGAGGAUGCAUACGGAGCGUGCGUCUAUGCACGAUGCGAAAACCCCAAGGGAAAUGUCCGAGUACAACUACUAGCCGCGAAAUCUAGAGUAGCCCCUCUGAAGCGUUUGAGUAUCGCACGUCUGGAACUAUGUGCUGCUGUUCUCGGUGCUCACCUUUACGACCACGUCAAGCAAGCCCUAGAUCUGCAGAUCGAGUCAUCCCAUUUUUGGACAGAUUCCACGGUUACCCUUCAGUGGCUAAAAUCACCACCAAACGUCUGGAAGACUUUCGUGGCCAACAGAGUGGCUGAAGUGCAACACCACACACACGGCUGCCAAUGGCGCCACGUUCCGGGAAGUGAAAAUCCAGCUGAAUUGGUAUCUCGAGGCACGACAGUUGAAGGACUUCUUAGCUCUGACUACUGGUACAACGGACCACACUGGUUAGCACUUCCGUCCCGAGAAUGGCCCAUACUCACUCUACCAGGUGUUCCCGACGAAGAACUGGAGAUUCGUCAAGUCGUAGCAGCUGUGCAAACACAAACUACAAUCAACCCGCUGUUCCUUCGCUACAGUUCUUUCACUCGUCUACUGCACAUCGUCGGCUACUGUUUGCGCUUCAUUUCCAACAGCAGAGCGAAGAUUCAGGCGAGGAACAGCCUGCAAGCAUCACCCGAUACUUCCCACAGCAUAUCUCUAACCGUGGAACAAGUACGAAUCGCAAAAACACGCCUCACUCGUUUAGCGCAAGAAGAUGCUUUCAACGACGAAAUUCGGGAACUCGAGAAGGGAAAAUCCAUUUCAAAAAAGUCAACCAUUCGCUUAUUAAAUCCUAUUCUAGAUUCUGAGAGAGUUCUAAGGGUUGGAGGGAGAUUAAACUUGUCCCAGUUGCCUUACCACACGAAACAUGCUUCCCUACUUCCUGCCAAUCAUCCCUUCACUCGCAUAAUUGCCGAACAUUACCACCUCAAGCUCUUCCACGGCGGCGGGCGCCAUCUACUGGCCACCAUACGGCAAGAGUUCUGGCCUUUGGAUGGCCGUCGGCUGGUUAGAAGCAUUGUUCGCAAUUGCUUCCGUUGCACUCGUUUCAAUCCAGAGCCCGUAGAGCAACAAAUAGGCCAGCUACCUGCCCAACGAGUAGUGCCAGGAAGACCGUUCGAAGUCACCGGAGUAGAUUACGCCGGCCCGGGUGUCCAUAUUGAGCUUGCCAGCGACCUAUCCACCCACACCUUUCUGAAGGCGUUGCGAUGUUUCAUCUCACGUCGUGGCAGUCCCUCUCAUCUGCACUCAGACAAUGGGAAAAACUUUGAGGGAGCCAAAAAUGAGCUCGUUGAACUGUACCGGAUGCUUCGCAGUAACUCCGACCAAGACAAAAUUCGCAACGCUUGCGCCGAAAUUGGCAUACAAUGGCAUCUGACGCCCCCGAAAGCCCCACACUUCGGUGGGCUGUGGGAGGCGGCCGUGAAGAUCGCCAAAAGGCACUUGUUUCGCCAGCUGGGGUCCACCAGACUAUCGUUCGAGGAUAUGGCAACGGGGUUGACACAAAUUGAAUCAAUAAUGAAUUCACGCCCGCUGCUUUCCAUCUCUGACGAUCCGUGCGACCUCAGCGUUUUAACGCCUGCACACUUUCUCAUCGGCACUUCAGCGACAGCUUUGCCCGACCCAGACAUCAGCACAGUCCCAACAAAUCGGCUCACGCACUACCAACAGCUCCAGAUGCACGUCCAACAAUUCUGGAUCCGUUGGCGUGAUGAAUAUUUGCACGAACUCCAGCGGGAUUCGAAACAUCGCAGCCGAAACAACGAAAUCAUUCCGGGCCGGAUGGUCGUCGUAGUGGAUGAGAUGCAGGCUCCUCUUAGGUGGCCUCUUGCGCGAAUAACUGGAGUCCACCCAGGAAAAGACAAAAUCAUUUCAAGCUUACUGGAGUGUGUUGCGCGGAGUGGAUUACUGUCCUGCUCGGGAAUUGAUGCGGCUACUGCUGCUUUAGAGGAACCAUUAUCGGAGACGGAUUCCAACCUCACCUGUAACGGUUUGAUACAACUUAGGAGAGGUGCAGUAUCCACAGAUGCUUCGGCAGGACAUAUAUUUGAUGUAGCAUUACCUGGACCAGUCAGUUCUGUUAGCUGGUUUGAGAUGUCCAACGAUGAUAAACUGUUCGAUGCUGAGCGAGCCAGUACAUCCGGCUGGUUAGAGGAAGAACACGCGUAUAGUCCAUCGAAGUGA